CCGCCAGGGAGAGGACUCAGCCGGAAGUUCCACCCUCCCAUUUGCAGACGGUGGCCGGGACAGAUCAAUCUACAGCGGGCACUUUCGCAGUGAAUAUUCCUGUGUGGUCUGUGGACCUGCAGGGCGACAUUGCCGCACGGGAACCACAGUCCGCAUCGCGCUCCCACGUAGGCUGAUCUCCCGGUCGCAUGUCACGUGGUUCUCCGCGUGACCUCUGCAGGCAUGGCAGCCCCGUCUAUGAAGGAAAGGCAAGCAUGCUGGGGCGCGCGCGACCUGUACUGGCGCUGCCUGGACGACAACGCGGAGGACGCGGUCCGGUGCAAGAAGCUGAGGAGCUCGUUCGAGGCCAGCUGCCCCCAGCAGUGGAUAAAAUAUUUUGACAAAAGAAGAGACUACCUAAAAUUCAAGGAAAAAUUUGAAGCAGGAGGAUUCCAGUCUUCACAGUCAACUGAAAAUUCCUAGGCUCUUUCUGGACUUUCACACAAGUGGAAAUCAUUCCUCUGGACUUGCAGAAAUGAUUCCAGGACAAAAGCCGCUUGAAUCACAGUGCACAUCAGCUCUUGUUCUCUGUAAACAACAGUUACUAAAAUGGUGAAAUAACAGAAGAUCUCAUCAUUCAAACUACAAAGGACUGCUUUAAUUCAGUGAGGGAUCUAUUUUAAGAAAAAGCAUUAAAAUUAUUAUAUAAAAAGUUUAUUAUAAAAAUACAUUGUUUAUCUUCAUUUCCUCCUUUGGAAUAAAAGCUGCAUAGUAAG